AUGACCUCACGGCGCAACCCACUACUUGGCCCGCGGGUCUCAAUCUCGUCCUUUGGUCCCAGAAUCGAGCACCCGAAGUGCGGAUACUGUACAGAAGAUGCUUCAAUCCCAUGUACAACCUGCGAUGCGACCUGGUACUGUACAACAAAGUGCCAGGAAGGGGAUCGCCCAGUACAUGACAUAAUUUGCCAGAAAUACAUAAAUUUCAUUACUGCAAAUCCAUGCCCCGAAGACACCUUCGAUAAGAAAUACAGACUCGGUCUCCUUCUACCGGUGGACUCGGAAGAUUUUGAGUUGGCUUGGAUCGCCAAUGGUUCUAGGGGCAAGUCUGUGGCCACGUUCCUUCAAUAUUACGACCAGGAUCGGAUAGACACUCGCAAGACUCUUGUUGAUUGCAACAUGGCAAGCAAGGACUUUGAUCAUUGCAUUAUUCUGGCCGUCCGAGGGGACUUUUUAACCGAUAACUCCCCGCCGAAUGCAUGCAUCAACCAUAUCAUGGCUGGAGAUUUGAAAUAUCCUUUGAAGGGCCCCGUUGCUGUUGUUAGCGAGCGUAGUGGGGGUGAUUCUGGAGACGUACAACAUUUUCAGCCAUGCGAUUUCAGAAUUCUUAUUGACUUCCUCUAUAACUAUGACGGAAGGCCAAAACUUGAGAUUGGGCACGCUUGUGGUGGUCAUUCGAAGGGCAUUUUGGGUAAGAGGAUGAGUCGUUUUGUGAAUUUUCUCACCGGAAAAGCUCAAGAUGGAAAAGAACAGUCGACUACAAAUUGCUCCUCUGGUGCCGAGGAAGAAAGGACCUGCAGAAAAAGUGGUGGAUCUUUUUUCGGACCAGAAUGGAUUGCGGAAUCCGAAUCUCUCCCUCCGAGACAUGAGACUCAGCACUCGAGGUCUAGCGCUGACCUUGUCAGUCUUAGGGACGAUGGUUCUUCGCUUCACAAGCCUGAAUCGUUCGUCCUGCCAGAUUUCCUACCUGACUGGAUUAGAGAGUCUGAUGCAAUUGCCACAGGACCUAUUACACGUGCAAAGACAGCUCCACCCGUUUCAGUCGAUACCAAAAAGACCUUGAAAGAACCCGCGAGUAUGGAAAGCAUGGAAAUUACCUCAGCUUCCCCAAUUACCCAAACCUUCCUAGUUGCAAAGGCUAGCAAUCAGAUACCACACGACGACAACAUUUCUAUCAGGAACUCUCUUGAUAUCAUUAAUCUUUACAACCCAACUAGAGCUAGAAAUGGCCACAGUGUAUCCUCAUCGAUUAAUUUAGCCAGAAAAAGCCCAUCUGUCUCAGCCACCACAUCAUCUUCUCGACCUAAACCGACUCGGAAGGACAAAGAUCCCUUGACACUCAACGCGAGGAAUUCUAUCUUCAGUCGUCGAAAAUUUAACAGCGCGGAAAUAGACCGUGAUCAAGCAGUGUCUAUACGAAGUAUUACCGGCUCCAUAAUGUCACCUUGGACGGUGUAA